UGUGUUCGUUGUCACGAAGACGCCGCAAGAAUAGCUGGGGCAAUGUAUCAUUGUUGAAGUCCAUGCUGUAAAUGGGGAAUCGUCCGGAUUUACCAAGAUCUAUAACCGUUACGAUCGGAUGUAUUUUCGUCGUCAUAAUUGCCAGGCCAAGGCCAGUUCGAUCUAAUAGUUCUGGAGGCAAGGGAUUUGUUUGCGUUGUCUGUGGUUUAAUUUCCAUCACGGAUUUUGAUUCUAUUAUAUACUUGUUUGACCUUUUCCAAAGCAAGAUGGCAGGCGACGAGUCUCCCGAGCGUCGUGUAUCACGACGCUUUUCAAUACCGAUCCCAUCGUUCCCCGGUAUCAAACGCAAACAGGACAGAUACCAGACCAAGAUCCAGCGGCCAAGAUGGGUGCUACACGUUCAAGCGACGUUCUGGCGCACGCUGAUGGGCUUGGGAAUGUUCUUCCAUCGCCUCGCACCACCACGGCCGCCUCAUCCUAACUUCCACCGCAAUAUCCCCAGCACGGUCUCCAACCGGCAUGGUGUCAUCCCACUGCAAUUCUACGUACCCAAGGACUACGAGACGAUACGACGACAACAUAUUCACGAUGACGGCGCGCUCCAGGCUGCAGCUGCAGCAUCGGGUGGACACCACAUAUCGAACAGGUUACACACGUUGAGCAACAGUGUCAGGAGACGGAGCAUUCAAGCACGGAAAUGGGGUGGAUACCCAGUGGUGAUCAAUUUCCAUGGAGGCGGCUUCACCUUGGGAACUGCAGUGGACGACGCGCGGUGGUGCGCUACUGUCGUCGAGGAGUGCAACGCGAUUGUCGUCUCAGUCGACUACCGCCUAGCUCCUGAGCAUCCAUUUCCGACUGCUGUUGACGAUGGCGUGGAUGCCGUACUGUGGAUACACAAGCAUGCUGCUGAAUUGGGGAUCGACCCCAACAGGAUCGCGCUGUCGGGCUUCUCGUCAGGCGGCAACAUGGCGUUCUCGGUACCUCUACGGCUUUACGACCAUCUCACAGACUUCACCCGUAUCGCAUCGAGCACUCGUACUAGUCUGGAGGCACUCGUUACUGUGAACAGCGAGGCAUUGCCGAAUGACUCCGCCAGCCGACUCAUCUCAACACCGUCGGCGCCGUCUUCCUCGCAUGGCGUCUCGGUCGCAUCAUCUUCCAAUGCGAAAGCCUCCGCCAAAACAGGCGCAACAGCCACUGUCUCCGAGGCAUCGCGUCCUGUCCUCGACAUCAAACUACGCUGUAUAGUUCCAUGGUAUCCUUCCCUCGACUACACCCGCACCAGAGAGUACCGUCGUGCGACGUGCAAGCGCGCUGACCAGGAGCUGCCUGCGCUCUUUACCGAUCUCUUCGACGACUCCUACCUGCACCCACCGAAAGACGUCGCCCUCGAUUCGCCUUAUCUCAGCCCCGGCAUCGCGCCUACAGCACUGCUUCGCCGCGCUCUGCCCAAGAAUAUCAUCAUGCACACCUGCGAGUGGGAUAUGCUGCUCGAGGAAGGCGAGGAGUUCCACGAGCGAUUGAUCAGCAAAGAGGUGGGUAAGCAGGUCGUGUACACGAUGGUGCCUGGCGUGCCGCACGGCUGGGACAAGGCGCCGAAUCCGAUCAAGCCGACGCCUGGCGUGCGUGAGUACUAUCUCAAGGCAUGUCGCGAGAUCCGGCGUUGCUUGGACGUCGAAGGCACUGUGGCUGAAUACGAAGACGAGGAUGGACAAGUGACAGCAGCACCCGAGGACGCGGAACCUCUGGUGCGGUGAAGGCCCGUCACGCGCGCAGGACGACGACCCGUCUAUAAAAUCGGCCUGCGCCAACAAUUUUCGCUAUUCCGAGACCUACGAAAUGAUUGAAUGUCCAUGUUAUAGAACAUAUGUAUCUUUCUGCAAUAUAUGCAUUGCUAUACACGUGAUGGACAGAUCUCCUGCUUGCCUACCAAA